AUGACCACCACCAACACGCCGUUCGUGAACACGCAGUGGAGCGUCUGUGGGCGUAAGCUACUCAAAGAUGGACACAACUUCUUCGUGCGCGGCGUGAUUUACGCUCCUACGCCCAUUGGCAAGCCCGGGCGUUUGGAUAUGUUGGGCGAACCCACCAUCUUUCUACGCGAUCUACAGAAUCUACGUCUCAUGAACGCCAACGCCGUCAAAAUCUACGAUUUCUACAGCCACGUUGACCAUCAGGGCUACUUGGACGCCGCGUACAACAACAAUGUGAACUCGGUAUACACCAUCUUCUCCAUUUGGAUCGAUCAGUCCAUGAUGCUACCUGAUCUACCUCAAAGUAGUCCCGAGUUUCAGCAUCUAGUGCAUGAAUACUACCUCAUGGCCCAGACAACCGGAAGCCACCCUACCGUCAUGGGUUACUCCAUCGGCGGUGAGAUGAACAGCAUCACUGUCAUCUACGACGAGUCCUUCUGGAGCAAGUUCCACGCUCUAAGCAACGCCGUGCGUCGUGGACUUAAGGAGAACAACAACGCACAGAAGAUCAUCUCCACCACGUUUGUGGAUGACGGUGGAGAGACCUUCAUAGCCGGCGAGAGACACAAUGCCGAUGUCGAUAUGUGGGGCUCCAACUUCUAUCAGACGGACUACCCUGGCUCCGUCAUCCCAAAGUUCUUGGCAGUACCCGGUGGUAAGCCACUGCUGGUGAGUGAAUACGGCUACCCGUACGCAUCCGAUAAAGGGAUCGGCAAUACGCUGCAGCUGAACUACGUGGCCGAUCUAUUGACCCAACAGACUUUAGCCUUACAAAACAACUUCCAGAAUACUGACGGAGUCAACGAACAAGCGAUAGUAGGCGGGUUCGUCUUCGAGUACAGUGACGAGUGGUGGAAAUCUGGCAACCCGGACGAACACAACUUGGGACUCGUUAAGAACGGCCAGUUCCCGUUGGGCUACUUGUCCGAGGAGUUCUUCGGUCUCUUUAGCACCGCGCGUGCGACGUCGGAUGAGUUGCCCAAUGUGCUACGUGCAAGACCGACAGUGUCGAUGCUUACGACCAUGUGGGGCAACGGAUCCCUGGCAACAGAAGGAGAACUCAUUACGGAUUGCAAAGGUAAAGGCCUGUCAGUGAGGAGCACUGCCAUAUCGAAUAAUGUCGUGCCAGCGACUGAGGGCGCGUCAUCGCUCCAAGACUUUCUGGUGUUGGCACUGUUCGGUGGCGUCUUCUUCUUUAUGCUCAUUGCCACCCGCACGCGUAUGCGUCGUACGAAGUACCGUAAGUUGUCGAUGUCGAGAUCGCGUUACGAAGCGACGGAGACGUCGUCACUGAAGCACAUCGACCAUCAAGUGGUUUAG